AGCUUUUUCAUUCUUCAAGCUGGCGAUGGCUUGUAGAAUUUCCUCCAUGGUGGAACUAUUCUCUUUGCAGCUAAGCUCCGAGUAGGGUGCAUUUUAGUACGCCGUGGGUGGAUUUAAGUACUCCUUAAAAAUGUUCCUUCCUUCUUCAAAGUAUUUCCGCUUCAGAACCCAAGACCUUUCGUUUCGGGCUUUCGCGACCCGGAGAGUAUGUUGCCUGCCUUGCCGGAGCCUUCGAAUGGUUUGCCAGAACACCUUCUCAGACGCCGUCUACAAAUAUAAUUCAUUCUAGGAUGAACAGUAAUAAAAUGAAGAAGUUUGAUUAAUUGGUUAAUAUGCUAUAGAUGGUGAAAUGUUUCCGAAACUUUUAAUUGUUACAAAACUAUUUAAACCUCUUAUUGAAGUAACCAGGACGAAAACACUACAUGAGAAAGAAGCUCCUCGUUCCCCAUUAGCUUAUUUUGCUUUUCAUUCUCUUCUCCAGUUCACGAUGGUGGAGACUAUCGCGACUGCAGUGCAAGACGUCUUCCCGGGGACUCGGAGCCAUAAGCACCUGGUGGUCGUGGGAUUGUGUUCCAUCGGGUUCCUCCUGGGUCUCAGCAUGUGCUUUGACGGUGGUUUCUAUAUGUUUGUCCUAUUUGACAACUACUCUGCCACUUGGUCUCUCAUGAUACUCUCCAUCUUAGAAGUUCUUCUCAUCGCUUACGUCUACGGAUAUGACAAGUUCAAGGAGAAUCUUGCUGAGAUGAUGGGACCUAAUCAUUGGUUCUUCAAUUACUACUGGUCAAUUACCUGGCGUAUCAUCUCACCUAUAGCACUCACGGUGGUCCUGUUCUUCACAUGGAUUCAAUACGCCCCAGUGAAAGUAGGAGAUUAUUUGUUCCCAUCCGAAAUUGAGGGACUUGGAUGGUGCAUGGCCUUCAUAUCUAUCCUGCUGGUACCAAUAUUUUCCGUGUAUCAAAUCUAUAAAGCAAAAAAGGAAUCGAAGCCUCUAGUCUCAUUGUGGCAAGUGCAAGACUCCUUCUACGACCACGCGCGGGAGUCCAGCUCUAUAGAGUUCUCCCGAGAUGCCGCAGUAAAGAAGUUAGAAGAAAGCUAUGACAAUCCUGCUUUUGACGGUGGUGCCCUGUCUCAGUCCAAGCUUGCACAUUCAUAUGGUUCCGUCAGUGAAGACGCUGUCACUCGCAAGUGAUAGGCAAGCACAGGUAAAGAGGGAUUUAGUCACAAUCAAUACUCAUUCCAUUUAGGUUCGCUCGGCGAUGGGUGUCCGAGAUGCCUUAUUUUUGAGAGUAUAGGAGGCAAAUGCUGGAAGAACAAGAGUCCUAUGUUGUCUUUCAGACUUUAAAUGCAUCCUAAUUUUGCCAUGAAUAUGUCAAGAGGACCCUGGAAACCCCCAAUAUCGGUGAUUCUGCAUUAGUAUUUUCCAGCUUUAAAUACAUCUGGAGUACUUACAUUAAUGUUAGCUCUCUACUACCGCAUCAUUAUUUCUUUAUUACAUUGGUCUGUGUUCUUAUUAAAUAUGUCCACCAAUUCUAUGCACAGAUCU